UGGCCGUUUUAGUAAUAUUGUUAGGCAGGAGUUUCUAGUCAUGCAAGUACACCUUAAUCUACAUAAAAUGGGAAAAGACCAAUUUUUAAAGACUCACAGAAGGAUAAAAGACUACAUUUUUACAGCUGUUUGCAAAGAAAAGAAUCAGUAACAUCAUGUCAAAUGAGCAACCCUAGUGAAAAAAAUAAAUAUACCUAUUUGUAUUUAAAAUAAAGUUAUUUUAAGAUAAGUAUACUAAAAAUAGAUUUACAUGUCUACACUCUAAAAACUGCUGGGUUGAAAACAACCCAAUUUGGGUUAUUUUGACAACCCAGCACUGGGUCAAAAAGGGACGAACCCAACGCUGGGUUAUUUUUACUUUUACGUUUAACCCAAUAACUACAUUGCAGGGUUUCAAAAACCAGAGCGGGUAUUUUUUAUCACUGUGUUUUAGAAGGAAAUCUACUGUAUUUAGUAAAUGCUCGAUUUCAUUUUCGCAUGUAAUGCUUGAUGAGGAAGUGUUUGUGAGCUCAGCGCUGCUUUGCAGCCGUUACUGGAGAAACCUCUUCCUCGCUCACUCUUAAAGCGUAUUUCUGGCAGAAAAUGAACUUGCGGAGUGCCGCCACCGAUUGAGUGUAAGGAUGUGGGAAAAAUGCUAAAAUGAACCCAAAUUGAACUAGGCAUUAAACCUACAAAUCUCGUUCAUUUUAAAUAUCACUUUUACGAAAAAAAUAAUAACUAUCAUAAGGUGAAUAUUAAAAACAAGAGAAAAGUCAAAAAGUAACAUGUAACAAGAAAUGCAGAAAAGUAUGGCAUUAACAAAAACAGAGUUCAUAAAUAAAGCAUUGAACAUUUGUUGAAUAUGACUUAAGAUCAAAUCGGACUUUGUUCAAUUUUAUAUACUUUAUAAAAAUAUAUGAAAACACUAUUAUACAAUAAAUGUACAAUUAGUUAAGUUCUUUACCAACUAUUCUGGCAUGAUAGUACACAAAUACACAACUGUCAUGUCCACUGUCUGAUCACCCCGUUCUUGUGUGUGUGUGUGUGUGUGUGUUUCUGUAUAUGUCUGCAUUUCGUGCGCACAUGGUGUUUUGUUUUGGUUUUGAUCGCUCGUCUUGCACCUAUCUUUGGCGUUCCUCCCUCCCCCUCAUUAUCACAGUUUCCGUUUCUAAUGGUUUGACCUCGCUCACCUGAAUUCAAUGUCUGUUCAUCUCUUGCUCUAUUUAUUCCCGUCUGUCGCGCCUAUCGGUGCCAGAUCGUUGUUCGGCAACAAUCCCCGUGUAUCCACUUUGUCUGAUCCUGUCAAGCCGUGUUCUGUCGUGCCUCUGUUUGCUGCUAUUGGUUUGGUUUGUUUUGUUUUUCUUUUUCCCCCCUCCCUCAUUUCCUAGACCGGGCACCGGCAUUUCCCAGAAGAGUUUUUGCACGGUCGCUGGCUCGCUCGUGGCUUCCUCCCCUCUCCGCUAUCAUCGCGGCCGCGCCGUUGAGCGCCCCCUGCCGGGUGUUUUUGCAAGGACAUUUGAAGUCUCUUUUUCUGUUGGACAUUUUUCCUAAUUUCCCGGCCUGUUUUUGUUCAUUGGAGGAAGUUUUUUCUUUUGAGGUUUUUGAAUAAAUUGGUCCUGCACCGUAACCUGCAUCUGUGUCCAGUUGUGUUCCUGACAGAACGAUCUGGCCAAGAUGGACACAGCAGGUACAGACUCUGUCAGAACCGCAGUCACCCAGCAGGGUGUUCUUUUGGGCCAACACGAAGCCAGACUCACGAAUACCACAAGGGAGAUGGAGUUCUUAGCCAACCAAGUGGCUGAGUUGACCAACCGGAUCCAAGAGCUGCAACGAGAGACUCCUCAGGGUGGUGCAGUUCACCAUCUUUCUCACCAUGAGCCUGAGCCCCGAUGCAAUAACCCACCACCCUAUGAUGGGGACCCCAAUUCCUGCCGGGCCUUCUUGUCCCAGUGUUCUGUGGUGUUUGCCUUGCAGCCACGCACAUACGCACUUGAGAUGUCCAAAGUGGCUUUUGUUUUGACUCUUCUGACCGGCAAGGCCAGAGACUGGGGAACCUCCGUCUGGGAGACCAAAGCUCCCUGUUGUGCUUCUUUUAAAGAUUUCCGCCAGGAGAUGGAGAGACUGUUCGACCGCUCUGCAAGAGGUCAGGAAGCGGCUGACCAGCUAGCACGGCUCCGUCAGGCGGGUCGCUCAGUGACGGACUAUGCCAUUCAUUUUAAGACUCUUGCAGCGACCUGCGACUGGAAUGAGGGGGCCUGUCGAGCUAUGUUCCGUGCUGGGCUAGAGGAUGACAUCCAGGAUGAGCUGGCCACUCAGGACCUGCCACGUGACUUUGACGAUCUGGUUAACAUGGCGUUGCGCAUCGAGGGUCGCCUUCACCGCCGUCGUCAGCGCCUGGCAGUUCGUGCACCCUGGAGGACUGAGGAGUCGUCAUCUGUCUCCCCCACAGAAACCACUGAGCCUGAGCCUAUGCAGGUGGGGCGCCUUCGGCUCACUCCUCAACAAAAGCAGCAACGCCUCGCCCUAGGACUAUGUCUGUAUUGCGGCAAAUCAGGUCACUUCGCAGUGGGCUGUCCACUAAAAGUCAAGGCUCACCAGUAAAGAGGGGGAUCCUGGUGAGCGCUACCCCUUUAUUACAUCCCCCCUCCUCUCGCACUCUCCUUCCUGUCUCUAUUCAGUUUGGUGGUGUCCUUAACUCCUGUACAGCACUGGUUGACUCGGGAGCUGAGGGCAACUUUAUGGACCUCUCUCUAGCCACCGGUUGGGGAAUUCCUUCCAUUCCUCUUCCCAAACCUAUUCCUGCCCGUUCAUUGAAUGGCACUUUAAUAACCACUGUCUCAUAUGCCACUCCCCCUGUUAAUCUUAUAGUCUCGGGCAAUCACCGGGAGGUGACCACGCUGUACCUUCUUGAAUCCCCGAGUGCUCCCAUAGUUCUGGGGCACCCGUGGUUGGUGCAACAUGGCCCUCACGUGGAUUGGUCCAACAACUCUGUCCUGUCUUGGAGUAAGUUUUGUCUUGCGUCUUGUCUGGGUGCUGCCUCUUUUCCUGUGUCUGUGUGUCCUGUCUUGCAGGUGGAGGCUGCUGAUUUGAAGGGGGUCCCGGUGGAGUACCACGACCUGUGCCAGGUGUUUAGUAAGUCCCGGGCCACCUCCUUACCUCCACAUCGCCCUUAUGACUGUGCCAUCGAGCUCCUCCCAGGCACUUCUCCGCCCAAGGGUGCUGGGUUCUUCUUUGUCAAGAAGAAGGACGGCUCCUUGCGUCCUUGUAUAGAUUAUCGAGGCCUGAAUGACAUCACUAUUAAAAACAGGUACCCCUUGCCUCUAAUGUCAUCUGCCUUUGAGUUAUUGCAGGGAGCCAAGGUCUUCACCAAGCUAGACCUUCGGAAUGCCUAUCACCUUAUUCGCAUACGUGAGGGGGAUGAGUGGAAGACAGCUUUCAACACACCUACGGGACACUUUGAGUACCGGGUCCUACCAUUCGGUCUGACCAAUGCCCCAGCUGUCUUCCAGGCCCUGGUUAAUGACGUGUUGAGAGACAUGGUGAAUCGCUUUGUCUUCGUGUAUCUUGAUGAUAUCUUGAUAUUCUCCCCAUCUCUGCAGGUACACACUCAGCAUGUUCGCCAGGUGUUACAACGGCUGCUGGAGAACCAGCUCUAUGUUAAGGCGGAGAAGUGCGUCUUCCAUGCCCAGUCGGUUCCGUUCCUGGGGUUCGUUGUUUCUGCGGGGGAGAUCAAAGCCGACCCCUGUAAGGUAAGGGCCGUUGCCGAGUGGCCAGCUCCUGACUCUCGUAAAGCUCUGCAGCGGUUCCUGGGGUUUGCCAACUUCUAUCGGCGGUUCAUCCGGAACUUUGGUCAGAUUGCUGCACCUUUAACGGCACUCACCUCUCCCAAGGUACCGUUCAAGUGGAAUACUGGGGCACAGGAGGCCUUUGAUAGAUUAAAGUCCCGUUUUAUCUCUGCUCCUGUCUUGUCUAUUCCAGACCCUGAACGGCAAUUCAUUGUUGAGGUGGAUGCCUCCGAUGUCGGAGUGGGCGCGGUCCUAUCUCAGCGGUCGCACGAGGAUGGAAAGGUGCAUCCCUGCGCCUUCUUCUCCCACCGCCUGAGUCCCCCAGAACGGAAUUACGACAUAGGUAAUCGGGAGUUGUUGGCGGUCAGGCUGGCUUUGGGGGAGUGGCGUCACUGGUUGGAGGGCGCGGCUCAGCCCUUCCUGGUCUGGACGGAUCACAAGAACCUCGAGUAUGUCCGUUCGGCCAGGAGGCUGACCUCUCGACAGGCUCGCUGGGCCCUCUUCUUUGGCCGGUUCAAUUUCUCACUGUCUUACAGGCCCGGGUCAAAGAAUGUUAAGCCCGAUGCUCUUUCUCGUCUCUUCGAGGCUCCUGGGGGAGGGGAGUCAGCAGACACUAUCUUGCCCAAAGGGGUGGUGGUGGCAUCCCUCUCUUGGGACAUCGAGAGACGAGUAGAGGAGGCCCUACUUAAUGGGCCUGUGCCGAAGGGGUGCCCAGCGGGUAAUCUGUUUGUUCCCACCAAGUUGCGCUCUGAAGUCAUCCAGUGGGGUCACUCAUCCAGGCUAGUCUGUCAUCCAGGAGUCCGGAGGUCGCUGGCUGCCAUCCGUCAGCGAUUCUGGUGGCCAUCCAUGGCCAAGGAUGUCAGGCAGUUCGUGGCUGCCUGCUCGGUGUGCGCUCAGAACAAGACUUCCAACGCGCCUCCCGUUGGUCUGCUCCACCCAUUGCCCAUCCCUUCCCGCCCCUGGUCACAUUUGGCCCUUGAUUUUGUCACUGGCCUUCCGGAAUCCAAGGGUAACACCGUCAUUCUUACGGUGGUGGACCGUUUCUCUAAGGCGGCCCAUUUCAUUCCCCUUCCCAAGCUCCCCUCAGCCAAAGAGACUGCUCAGGUGAUGGUUGAUCAUGUAUUCCGGAUUCAUGGUCUUCCGGUCAACGUGGUCUCUGAUAGGGGUCCCCAGUUUGUCUCUCGGUUUUGGAGGGAAUUCUGUCGGCAGAUCGGGGCCUCUACGAGUCUGUCUUCAGGAUUCCAUCCCCAGACCAACGGGCAGUCCGAGCGGGCAAACCAGGAUUUGGAACGUUCUCUUCGCUGCCUGGCAUCCCACAAUCCCGGCUCCUGGUGUCAACAGCUGUCCUGGGUAGAAUACGCCCAUAACUCCCUUCCUGUUUCUGCCACAGGUAUGUCCCCAUUCCAGUGUUCUGUCGGUUAUCAACCUCCCUUGUUUCCCACACAGGAACCCGAGGCUGCGGUCCCGUCUGCUUUGGCCUUUGUCCGACGGUGUCGCCGCACCUGGAAGAGGGCCAAGGCGGCCUUGGCCCAGGCUAAUAGGCGGACUAAAGCAGCGGCCGACCGUCACCGAACUCCUGCUCCCCGCUAUGUGUGUGGUCAAAGGGUAUGGCUCUCUACCAAGGACCUGCCUCUCAGGGUAGCCUCACGCAAGUUGGCACCCAGGUUCAUUGGCCCAUACCGGAUCACGAAGGUCCUGAGUCCGGCGGCGGUGCAGCUCAAGCUCCCUACCACGCUUGGUCGGGUGCACCCUGUUUUCAAUGUUUCCAGGGUUAAACCUGUGUUCUAUUCCCCUCUUGUUCCAUCUGCCCCAACCCCCCCUCCCCCCCGUCUAGUGGAUGGCUCCCCGGUCUAUACGGUGCGGAGGUUGCUAGAUGUCCGACGUAGGGGUCGGGGCUUUCAAUAUCUUGUGGACUGGGAGGGCUAUGGCCCAGAGGAGAGGAGCUGGGUUCCGGCCCGGGACAUCUUGGAUCGGACACUUGUCGAGGACUUCUACCGGCGACGAGGUGAGCCCCUUCCUGCGGCGCCUGGUGGCGUCCGUCGGAGGGGGGGUACUGUCAUGUCCACUGUCUGAUCACCCCGUUCUUGUGUGUGUGUGUGUGUGUGUGUUUCUGUAUAUGUCUGCAUUUCGUGCGCACAUGGUGUUUUGUUUUGGUUUUGAUCGCUCGUCUUGCACCUAUCUUUGGCGUUCCUCCCUCCCCCUCAUUAUCACAGUUUCCGUUUCUAAUGGUUUGACCUCGCUCACCUGAAUUCAAUGUCUGUUCAUCUCUUGCUCUAUUUAUUCCCGUCUGUCGCGCCUAUCGGUGCCAGAUCGUUGUUCGGCAACAAUCCCCGUGUAUCCACUUUGUCUGAUCCUGUCAAGCCGUGUUCUGUCGUGCCUCUGUUUGCUGCUAUUGGUUUGGUUUGUUUUGUUUUUCUUUUUCCCCCCUCCCUCAUUUCCUAGACCGGGCACCGGCAUUUCCCAGAAGAGUUUUUGCACGGUCGCUGGCUCGCUCGUGGCUUCCUCCCCUCUCCGCUAUCAUCGCGGCCGCGCCGUUGAGCGCCCCCUGCCGGGUGUUUUUGCAAGGACAUUUGAAGUCUCUUUUUCUGUUGGACAUUUUUCCUAAUUUCCCGGCCUGUUUUUGUUCAUUGGAGGAAGUUUUUUCUUUUGAGGUUUUUGAAUAAAUUGGUCCUGCACCGUAA